AUGUACCGGAGAGGACCAUCAAAAAGCACACCAGCGAACGUACAAUGCCAGAAGUGCCUCAAAAGAGAUAAGUGUUCUGCUACCUCGACACAGGAACGGCCCUAUGUGCCUCGGCCGUCACGAACACAACAACUUUUCAAUCCCAAGCUUGUACCCAAGCUAACAAGUGACACGCCAAAUGCGUUGCAAGAUAAAAAAGGAGUGGCUGAUCAAGAAUUAGCUAAGAGGGAGGCUGAAAGAGCCAGGAAGCUAGAAUCGGAACGGAGUGAUGACGACGUAGACCGCGACCCCUCAAGGCGUGAGAGAUCGUCUUCAUAUGAUUCUGUCUCUACAAUCUCAACACGAGGACCUUCUUCACCAGCUCAUCGAAGACCUUCUGUUUCUCCGCAAAGGUCAGGCAGAGCUUUCCAUAGCCCACCGCCCAAACAAGGGUCGACGAGGAGACGAUCCUUCGAUUCGGACAGAGAUCAUAACUCCCAUAGCCCUCAAAGGCAUGCUAGAGGCACGCAGUCACCUAGCCCCAGGAGGCGGCGAACGAGAUCAUCAAGUCGCGACGACAGUACCCGGCGUGGCCGUUUAGAUCCAGACGAGCAACCAGUAAAUCGGCGAUGGGAAGAUAAACGACGUAGGAGGUACUCGCAAAGUCCAAGUCGAUCACCAUCACCAGAGAACAGGAGACGAUUCCGCUCUAGAUCCCCUGCUGCACCCUGGAGACCAGAUGAUAAUCCUCCACGGUACAAUUCACCCCCACAUCGCCGACAUGAUCGAGAACAGAGAGGAGCACCAAGGCGAAAUGCGCGGGAACGGAGUCUUAGCCCAUUUUCCAAACGAUUGGCCCUUACACAAGCCAUGAACGCCGACCGGUAA